AGUUGUUUCAUAACCUUUUGAGAGGAUAAAUUUUCGUUCCGUUUUUCGCUUACAAAAUAAAUUUUUGGUGGAAAUCUCCAAACAGUGCGCAAAAUGAACACUAAUUCGACCAACACUAAAUGGAAAAGGUGUGAAAAACGGCAAAAAUUGAAAUAAAUCUAACGAAAAUUUGAAUUUUGUGUAAAAUUUACUUGGCGGGUGCACUUGGAAAAGUGUUUUUCCAGCGGAAAAUAUUUCCCCUUGUACAAGAAAAACGUGAAAAAAGAAGAGUUUGAAGAUGAGCUUUUCUCUGUUGAAUGGUUCUUUUUAUUCUAACAUAAAUGGUGCAUUUCGGUUGUAGAGCUCACGCAAAAAAAAGUGAGGUUAAUUGUUUAAUGUGGAAAAUUAAGAUAAUGUUUUAACGUGUGCUCGUACCGAAUUUUCGUUUCGAUGUUAUCGCUAAACUCUACAAUAAAUGUCUAAAUCAAAUAUAUCGAAAAAAAAAGAAUCGGAUGUUUGGAUAAAGCACAUAAUUAUGUGAAAUGAAAACCAGUUGAAGGAUAACCAGCACGAAACAUAAAUUAUAUUCUAAUGAGUUACGUUGUGUGCACACGGCUUUUAUAACCAGUAACAAGUACAAUAUACAAAAUAGAUGAUUGACAUUUCGCUAUCCGAAAACGUAAAGGAUACCGAGAAAAGAACCAGUGAAAUAAUUCAACAAAGUAAUAUCAUCAGUAUGACGGAUAGACAUUUUAAUUAUACGGAAUAAUAAAAACGAACAUUAACCAGACAACACCAAAGUAAUUUUUUUCUCCAAGAAAAACAGUGGAAAUAAAACAGUUAAACCGCAAGAGAUAUGAUGCUAAGAAAGCAUACGAAUUUGUGUUCGUUUUAAGUAAUUAAAUUGGGAAAAAUCACCGUGAAUUAGAUACUUUAAUUAAAAUUAAAAACAAAAUUCGAAUAAGACUCGACUAACCCACCUAGACAACAACCACUAAAUGAUGAUGCUAAACGUGUUUAAUAUAAAUGUGAAUCAUGUGAAUGGUUAAUAAUGAGUCCAACAUCCUGCGGACCAGGUCCUCCACAAUGGAGGUCCUAUACAACUUUUGUUUGGAUUUACGUAAUAUUAUUUUUGUAUACAUACAGUAGUAGAGGUGUACAAGCCGAGGGAAACAAAGAAUAUCAAAUGCAACAACUGUGUAAGAAUCAUUUUCUUCGUCAACUGUACAGAAAAAUCGAUGGUGCUGUUUUAUUGUCGCAAAAUGAACGGAAUUUAGAUUGCGUCAUUACGUUCCAAACACAUUCGAUAUUACAAAGGUUUAUGUUACGAUUUGAUAUGCUUAAGAUGGAUUGCAACGAUCAUUUGUAUGUGUAUGAUGGUGCCCAUGCUGUAGGAGCACACAAAUCUGAAAUAACAUGUCGGAACACAAAGCAGUCAGUGGGUGCGAUAUUUACUCGCACCAAUUUUAUAACAUUAAAAUUUGUUACCGACGGAUGGGGUACGGAUACAAACGGAUUUAAAUUAGUCAUCACAGCUGUCAAAGAUCCGAAACAUGCCUGUAAGGACUUCCGCUGCAAUUCUCGAGAGUUUUGCAUUCAUCCUGAUCUAGUAUGUGAUGGAGUCAACCAUUGUGGCGACGGCUCUGAUGAAAUAGCAAGUACCAUAUGCCAAAAUGAAGACUCCAAUAAAUUUCUAGGAAUGGAGUUGACAUGGUUUGUUCUGUUAGGUGUAAGUAGUUCAUUAGUAAUAUCAGCAUGUUUGGUUGGUAUAAGCAUAUGUGCAUGCCGAAGACGAACAGGACAUGCUGGCCAUCCCAUGAAUUCGAUGCAAUUGCACCAAACAAUUGAAUCGAAUGGUUCAUCGAAACAUCAGCAUGGCACAUUACAACGUGAAACAAUGCUGCCCACGUCGGGAAACUGGCUUCGCCCUGCGGGACCAUUUCAAGGGUACCUCCGCAUAAUACACAAAUUACCGAUGGCCACAGUCCGUCUCAUAUGGUGCCUGGAAAAAUAAGACAGCUCGGUCCUGAUUUAUCGCAGACAACCACACAGAAAGAUGAGUGGUUUGUCUAGGAUCUGCUUGGCAUUAAUUAUGAAGACUGUCUUGGAGGUCAUCACCGCGCAGGGUGUAUGAUAAAGACUUCAGUACCCGAAGUCUCUUUUUACAAAAUAGGUAAACUCGUUUAUCAAAUUUCUACCAGAGAAUGUUCCAUUGAUCAUCAAAAGAAGAAGAAAAACUCAAAAUUAAAUUUAAUUAAGAAAUUGACAAAAGAAAAUCUACAUGGGAAAACGUUAAAUAAAAUUAAAAAUUUUAGAAAAUUUUCUCCAAAGAACGAAUUCGACCAACCAAAACAAAUUUUUGUACAUAAAGUGAGGUGGAGUUAAGCGUUAAGUUAAAUAUAUUUACAAUUGAGAAUCUCAAUUUUAUUAGAAUUUAAGAAGAAGAAGACAAAAAAACGCAAACGUAAGUGUAAUGAACAGAGGACAUCCAUCGCAUUAUAAACUGUGACUCUGUGUUAUAUGUGGACGAAACUGUUUGUUACAACUACGACCUAGGAUACCAUUGAUAGGGAGAAAGUUCUUACUUGACUGUCUUAAAAAGGAUCCUAAGACAAAUUGGCUAUUGUUCGUUAUAUAUACGGCUUGACGACUUUUGAUAUUUCAAAUUUUUCAUUUCGAUUCUACGACAGUUUGAAGGUAAAAACGAAAUGAUUUUAUUGGCUGGAGCGCAAGAUAUAUUUUAACGACAACGAUAUCUUGACCAAUUGAACUGAUUUUAGAUGUCUGAACGAACAUAUUGAUGUAUUGUAAAUCGAAACUCAUCAAAAAGCGAUUUGGACGAAGGUCUCGUCUUCUUUUCGAUGCCAUCGGUUCCAACAUAAAUGAUUCGAUUUAUCGUUUCGAUAUGUCCAUGAAUUUUCGACAAGUAAGCAUAGUGCAUCGACAAUAAAUAAACAAAAAAAUCAAUUCAUUUUGUCACGCUUUCAAAUUGUCCGAUCGAGAAUUUCUGUUCGUUAGGCCAAUGUUGAUGUUGGUUUUGGAAACGUUUACCGAAAAUAAUAAUUUCGUUUCUUUCGCUUGAAAGUUUAUUUUUUGAAUGCGUGGUGCAGGUGGACGUUGUUUAAAGAACUCGUGAAUUCGGAGCUAGAAGUCCAGAACAUGAAUUUGUGCGAUGAAUGUACAAUUCUCUUACAUCUGUCGAUUGAACGUUUUUUGGUGUUCGUUUGGAAAUCGUUUACUUCAUUAGUUUCUACACGUACACAAUGUGCUAUAUAAGACCAUUUUUGCCAUAGAUCGUCACCUAUUUUCUUGGUUGUUGACAAUUUGACCGUCUACUCGAUAGUGAUUUCUUUAAGAAAUCGGCCCGCGGUAUCGAUUGACAAUCUCAACAUCUAGUACUUAAAAAAAAGCACUUAUCACUCGGUGGCA